AUGGCACCAUCUCUCGAAGCUCCAGAAUCAGUUCAAGAUGUUCUGUCCAAUCCUCUCAAAAGCGCCCCGAAACUCGUCGCACCGGAACCAGAGCACUGUCCUGGCCCUGAGUCCGAAACCGCAGGAAAAGCAGACUCUUGUGCUGGAUGCCCCAACCAAGCUAUCUGCGCAUCUGCGCCAAAGGGACCCGAUCCGGACAUUCCAGCUAUCACGGCACGAUUAUCAGGCGUCAAGCAUAAGGUUUUGAUCCUUUCGGGGAAAGGUGGAGUCGGCAAAUCUACAUUCACGACUCUACUCGCACACGCAUUCGCGACCAAUCCCGAAAACACAGUAGGCAUAAUGGACACGGACAUUUGUGGACCGAGCAUACCAAAGAUGAUGGGCGUGGAAGAGGAGACGAUACAUGUCAGUGGCGCAGGUUGGAGUCCCGUAUGGGUGAUGGAGAAUCUGGGGGUAAUGAGUGUACAAUUCAUGCUCCCAAACCGGAACGAUGCUGUCAUUUGGAGGGGACCAAAAAAGAACGGCCUGAUAAAGCAAUUUCUUAAGGACGUCGAAUGGGGAGAAAUGGAUUUCCUACUUGUAGACACGCCGCCCGGCACGAGUGACGAGCAUCUCAGUGUCAACUCCUUUUUGAAGGAGAGUGGAGUGGAUGGAGCCGUCGUGGUCACCACCCCGCAAGAGGUUGCCUUACUGGAUGUCAGAAAAGAGAUCGAUUUUUGCAGGAAAGCUGGGAUCAAAGUCCUCGGAAUCGUGGAGAACAUGUCUGGAUUUGUCUGCCCGAAAUGCACGCAUCAAAGUCAAAUAUUCCAAGCCACGACGGGUGGUGGGAGAGCGUUAGCAAAGGAGAUGAAAAUUCCCUUCCUGGGUGCUGUACCCCUCGACCCGAGAAUCGGUAUGGCUUGCGAUUAUGGUGAGAGUUUCUUCGACGCCUGGCCCGAUAGUCCUGCUUGUACGGCUUUGAGAGAGGUCGUGAAAAGAGUGGGCGAGGAGAUGGGUCUGAAGCCAGAGACUCUUCUGCCAGAAGAUUGA